AUGUCGGGCGGAAGAGCCUGCAUGAGAGGUGGACCGGAAACAUGGAUCAUCGGGUUUACAGAGGGCAAAGCCACCCCUGCUGCGGAUUCUUCCAGGUGUAGGACUGUAAAGGCUUCAGCUGUUACGACCAGACAGUUGGGCCAGUACCAGGGAGGCCAGGUGGGGUCACACCCCUCCUGA